AUGACCAUCAGACGCAGCAAAACUAUGCCGACUGAGGGCCAUGCAACCAGAUUUCUCUAUACAAUUCUCAAACAGCUGGACCUCAAAACUAUCGACUGGAGUCUUGUCGCAACAGAGCUAGACAUCUCAAACGGCCACGCUGCUCGUAUGCGCUACUCGCGCUUCCGACAGCAAAUGGAAGGUUCGACAACAACCACCGUUCCCAAAACCACAAAACCCAAGAAGGCAAACAGCAAAACCGACAUGGGCAAAACAACCAAACAAUCCUCAAAGGGAAAGAACCCCUACGACAAAAGCAAGGAUUUCAAUGAUAGCAAAUGUGGUAGCGGCGGUUACGGUUCGGAAGGCAGCCUUAAAAAGCGUCCUGCGCCAGACGAUUUUAUGAAGCAGGAUAUCAAGACUAGCGGUGGUAAUUAUGGGGUCAUGGGGACGGAGCAGAUGAAUACAUUUGCACCAGUCACGUAUGAUCCUUUCGCGAGUGCGGCGUCGUACUGGACUCCUUCCGCAGGGACGAUUCUGUCUACUGAUACUUCGACAUUUCCUUACAUGAUGCCAAUGCCGGAUUUGCACCAACAGCAGCAGUUUCCUGUUGAUCCGUUCGCGAAUAUGUGUCUUGGGCCGAUGCCACAAAUGCAAAAUGUAGAAGAUAUGAACAUGUCACUCAACCAGGGAUGGGGUCCACAGUUCUAUGAUCAGAUGUUUUCCAAUGACCAUUUCAAUCAAAAGAAUGCCAAUCCUACUGCUGCUCAACUUACUGCAACUGCAACUGCAGCACGUAAAGUUACCGACGCUCCAACGAAUCCGCAAGAAUGGAACAAUCAGGUUGAUUUUUGCUUUUCGGGUUGCUGCCAACAACCUCCUCCAUACCCUAACACGCCAUCACUCUACCCGGAUGUGCCUACUACAACAGAUCACCUCCGGGAUUCGUUGUUAUCCGCACCUGUCGAGCCUUGGGUGCCACCACCACCGCAGAACCAGUGGGUUGCCAUUAAGCCAGAGCCUGGUGAGGAUGGAAAUGUUGAUGACAUCUUCGUCAAGGUAGAAUCCGGUGCGUGA